CCACAAUUACACAUUUUCGAUAAAAAAAAAAAAAAAAACCUCAAAACCCUCGCAUUGACUUGUUUAAAUAUUCAACUUUUUUGCAUUCAAUCAAACCUAUUGCUACAGAUUACCCAAAUUUCAGUUAAUUUUGUUUAUUAAUUCAUCAAUGGAUGAUCGAACUUGGAAUUUUUCCCUCUCUACUUCCUCUUCCAAGUACAAUCAGUCUUACUCUGAUAAUUUAUUGGAUUAUGAAGAAUAUGAUGGAGAUACUGAUAUUGAGGUAGAUUAUCCAUGCCCCUUUUGCUCUGAGGAUUUCGAUAUUGUUGGAUUAUGCUGUCAUAUUGAAGAGGAGCAUUAUGAUGAAUCUAAACGAGGGGUUUGUCCCAUAUGUGGCACAAGCGUUGGAGCAGACCUGGUUGAGCACAUAGCUUUUCAGCAUGAAAACAUCUAUAAGAGCGGGAGCAAGACGAGACAUAGUCACGGUGAUUCUCAGUCUACUCUUGCUUUAUUAAGGAAGGAAAUGCUAGAGAGAAGUUUGAAAUGUCUUCUAGGGAGCUCUUCACCUGUAAUUUCUUCCUCUGAUGCAGCUGUUGAUCAAUUGCUCUCAUCAUUUGUCCGUAGCUAUUCAACAACUCCUGAGAUCAAAAGUAAGCCAUCAUGUUCCUCAGUUGAUGCACCUGUGACAGAGGAAGUUGUGGAUGAGGAUACGCUAGAAAGGGAGAUGAAUACCCUUGUUAUAUCCGAGGAGAAGCAGGAGGAGCAUGCACAAAAAUGCAAGUUUAUGCAGUCGCUUGUAUUUUCUACUAUCCUUGAUGAUGACUUAUAGUGGUGACUUUGGAUGGCAAUUGUCUCAGCUCUUGCGGAAGAAUGCUCCAGCUGCUUUAGUUAUGGAACUAUCCGUGUAACUUCAGAUCAGCAAUGAUAUCACUAAGCUAAGUGAAGCAGAUGAAGAAACCAGGUUACAGCAUGUAUUGCAAUCCACAAUGUAAGAAUGUAACACUCUGCACAUAGAAACAAAUUAUUUACUAUUGUGAUAUAGUGGUAAAUUGGCUGUUUGUACUCCUUAUCGGAUGUGAUUUAGAAGAUAUCAACAUUCUUAUGUGGUAAGAAAAAGGGUGAAUAUGGUGUUAGAUUUGUAGAGUAGCAGCCAUAGAUCUCAUCUUUCGUCUCUAUUCCUAUGCUUUGACAUCGCCUUAAUAUUGUAUUGUGAGACUAACAUGACUAUAUUCAUGAAGUUAUUUCUUUAAUUACUAUGAAAUUACUUUUCAUCUCA